AUGCUUUCACCAAUUCAAUUUCAUCCGGUUCAUGGUGAACAUAUCAAAUUAUCACGAAAUAAUACUGUAGCCAAACGUGUGGACAGCUUUUGUAAAGGCAUCUGUUUCAGUAAUCGAACAAUUCAAAUACGAGAAAAAAUUUAUGUACGUCUUCUCAAUAAAAGCGUUCAAUGGACGGGAUUUCUCCGUCUUGGCGUGACCACAUGUGAUCCAAACACACAUCGAACAUCGACAUCCUUACCUCGCCAUGCAUGUCCAGAUUUAACGUGUCGACCUGGUUAUUGGGCUAAAUGUGUACCUGAAAAUUGUUUUGAUGUCACAAACAAGUUGACCUAUUUUUAUGUUGAUGAACAUGGAGAGUUAUAUUUAAACACGCCAUCUGGAGAGAUUUCUUUAUUGACAGGAAUAUCCGUUCAAGAGCCUCUUUGGGGUCUAUUAGACAUCUAUGGAAAUUGCAUAAGUGUUGAAAUCGUUGCUGAUCCUCAACAACGAUCAAUAUCACUCAAUGAUCAAUUUCGAAAUAUCAAUGGAACAUUUACCACACAUUACUUCAAAAAUGUGCGUGACGAUCUUGUUUCAGUGCCAUUCUUGCCUGUACAUAGUUCAUCAAUUACAUUUUCCUCCUCGCCGGCUCAUAAUCAAUCGAAUCAAACCAUAGUCAUAUUUGAUAAUACUAAGAAUGUUGAAGGCUUGGCCUUCUUUUCUGAGCCAUUGACAACCAAUACUGGUGUUCUAAUGCAAAUUUUAUCUAUUGCGCCAUCGAACGAAAGUCGUCUACGCUCAACAACAGCAUCAGCAUCGAAUUCCUUAGCUUCACAUAUACAAUUCGGUUUAACCAACUGUGAAAUCAAACACCUGUUACGCACAAAAGAUAUUCCACUGAAUGUCGAACAAAUAAACAAUCGUUCAGAAUGCUGGAUUAUACAUGACUUUAAAUUGAGUAACAAAACGACGAUCGAUCGCGACGAUGAAUUUUUAUUUACAUUCAAUCAAGAUGGCAUCAUAGAAUAUUCUCACAAUAACUCUAAGCUAAAAGAUUUUAUCCACGUGGAUCCAACACUUGACUAUUAUCCAUUUCUUAUUCUGAAAAGCGAUAUUGUUGCUGUACGUUCAAUGGGUUAUCUAAAAUCACUUAAAAAAUGUCAAUCAUUGUGUGAAACGAACAGCUUGUCAAAAUCCAAUGAAAGUUCGUCUUCGAUAACAAGUGCUCACAAUAACAAUCGUAGUGAUAAUAGCAUGAAGAAUGAUUUUGACUCGAAAUUAUCUCAUGAUUGUACAAUAUGUCUUGAUCGUAUUCGAGACACAGUGCUUAUUCCUUGUGGACAUAUUUGUUUAUGUUAUUCCUGUGCAGAGGAAUUGCAUCAACGUGGUGCGAGACAAUGUCCUAUCUGUCGGGCGACUAUUACGACGAUAAAUAGAGUCUAUUUGGCUUAG